GUCGAGCCACUGAGGCGGGCCCUUCGGCAACCUAUGCAGUGCUCUAUUCUGGAGUACCUGGCAGCAUCGAAGCCGGCUCGUGAUGAAUUACAGAUGAUCACGCGGAAGACUCGCAUACCUCUAUCAGAGGACGAUCAGGGAGACCCUAAGGCGGAAGCUUCUACAGUAGCAGUAAUGGGGGUGACUGCCAGAGCUGAUCGCAUGGCAACAGUCCUUCUCGAUGGAAUGGAAGGUGUGCCUCCAGACAAAUUUUAUAUACUUGGUAGUAGGGCAGUGGAGACAAUUAUAAACGAUGGAGCGGUACUUGAUGCUGUGAUCGAUAACGGCAGUGGGGCAGUUAUCAUAGACGAGGACCUGGCAGUACAGGUUGGACUGGGCCUCGACAGGUCGUAUCUAUUCGAGAUAGAGACGGCUGAUGGUAGAAAGCAACAGAUCACCGGGGUUUGUCACAAGGCAGCCAUAGAGGUCCAAGGGGUACGAGUGACCCUGCCUGUCUUUGCAGUCAAGAACUGCAGCUCUGACCUGCUCUUGGGACGGACGUGGCUAAGCCACGUGCAUGCGGUGACGAUAGAGCGAUCUGACGGGAGCCAGACAUUGUCCAUUAAGAAGCCAGACGGGACGCGCGUAAUGAUUGAGACAGUGGAGCCUCGGAACCCGAGGAACAGAGCAGCUCUCGCUGUGGGAGCGAGACCCAGUGAUCAGGUUUGGUCGUUACCUAUCUCCAGCCCUGCGGUGCGAUUUCGAGAAAAGGAGUAUGGACCACUGCUUACAGAGGAAGAAGGCCGAGUUGUCGAAAUAGAAGAUUUAGGGAGUCAGUUAAUAGUAGGAGGAAACUCAUACCCGAAGGGAGAAGAUGAGGAAUUAGGCGCGGCGGUGGGCCGCAAGCGAUCUCCACUAGAAGGGAUAUCGGAAGAAGAGAUCGCGAAAGAAAUCAAAGAAAGGAAGAGAAAGGAGCCACAACGCCUAACGGAUGAUAGGAUAACAGGAAUGGACAUCGGAGAUGGAAAUUUAACCCCACAAGAGCGAGAACGGGUGAUAGAAAUCCUGAAAACAUGUGAUAAGGCUAUAGCUUUUAGUGACGCGGAGCGUGGUAGGGUUGACCCUCGAUACGCGAAGCCAGCAAGGAUUUACACCGUACCACAUGUUCCCUGGAAUGACGCGGGAUGGAAGUAUGCUCAGAAGGAGAAGGAAGAAGUUAUUGCUUUCCUGAAAGAAAAGAUGGUUUCCCAUGUCGCGGAACCAUCUGAUAGCGCGUAUGCUAAUAGAUGGUUUUUCUUACGGAAGCCGAAUGGCAAGAUCCGAUGGAUCCAGGACCUUCAGAAGGUCAACGCGGUGACCAUACGAGAUGUAGGCUCGGUGCCACACGCCGAUUUGUUAGCAGAAGGCGCUGCAGGAGGUGACCGAGCACAGCCACCCGUCGGUGUUGCUGAUGACGACGAUGCUGACGUUGAUGAUGAUGAUGAUAACGGUGACGAUGAUGAUGACGGUGACGACAACGAUGAUGAUGAAGACGAUGUUCAUGAUGAUGUUGACGAUCGUGCUGCUGACGAUCGUGAUGAUGACGGUGACGAUGAUGAUGAUGAUGAUGAUGAUGAUGAUGAUGAUGAUGAUGAUGUGCGAUGAUGAUGAACAUGAUGAAGAUGAUGUGCGAUGAUGAUGAUGAUGAUGAUGAUGAUGAAGAUGAUGAUGAUGAUGUUCAUGAUGAAGAUGAUGAUGAUGAUGACGAUGAUGAUGACUAAGGUGGUGAUGGUGGUGACGACGAUGUCGUCGAUGAUGAUGGGGACAGGAGUUGGCAUGGCGUGUGAAUAGCGGUUGUGCGAGUUUCGCAGACUGUUUUCUACUUCCUUUGCGUCGAGUUGUUUCCUGUUGUCAAAGCGGUUGCCGAGUACGGGUGAGAGCUCGAUUUCAUAUAGCUGACAGCAAAGUGUAGUCGACAUGCACGUCUUUUCAUUAAACGGGCCACUCAUCGUCGAGUGUGCGGUGUCAUUAACGUCCAUCGUGUCUAUGUGCAUCAUUGAUGCUAAUUUGAUUUCGUGUGCUAUGGCGAACGUUCGUUUUAUAUCGCAGACGUGUUUUCUUAUGUUUCUUCUUUCUGAUUGCAAAGCUUCCAUGUAAAGUUGUGGGUGAUAAGGUGAAUGAAUUAUGCAUGAGAGA